GCGCGGCCGUUUUCCGGGUUGGUGCUCGCGUUACGCGUAGAGGAGGCGGGCCGCCGCGAGACACCUGGAGCACAGCGGACACCGGAGCGCGCACACGCAUCGAUCCGCACCAACCGGUCAACGAUCAGCGAAGCAUGGGGAACCUGAUCAAAGUAUUAACCAGGGACAUCGACAACAAUGCUGGAAAUGUCUUCCUGGACUUUGAGAAUGCGCAGCCAUCCCCCUCAGAAACAGAUAUUUGGGAGACAGUGAAACAGACUCUGGAGGAGGCCCAGGUGGUCCUGAAUGAUCUGCAGGCAUACAGAGGAGCUGGAGAGGAGAUACGACAGGCAAUCCAGAGUCCGGCGGAUGAGGAUGUUCAGGAGAAAGCUUGGUCUGCUGUGGUUCCUCUGGUGGCCAAACUCAAAACCUUCUAUGAGUUCUCGCAGAAACUGGAGUCUAGCCUGCGCUCUUUGCUGGAUGUCCUUACCCGCUCCGGGACCACGCCCACACAGCAGCUGGAGCAGAAGCAGGCCCUUGCCCGCCAGUUUGCCCACAUCUUGCACUUCACUCUACGGUUUGACGAGCUAAAGAUGACCAACCCAGCCAUCCAGAACGACUUCAGCUACUACCGCCGUACCAUCAGCCGCAUGCGCAUCAACAAUCUGCCCUCCGACUCAGGCGGCGAAGUGAACAACGAGCUGGCCAACCACAUGUCCCUCUUCUAUGCCAAUGCCACGCCCAUGCUUAAGACGUUGAGCAACGCCACCUCCAAGUUUGUUUCAGAUAAUCCAGACGUACCCAUUGAAAACACAACGGAUUGUUUGAGCACAAUGGCCUGUGUGUGCAAAGUGAUGCUGGAAACUCCGGAGUAUCGCAGCCGCUUCACUAGCGAAGAGACAGUGCUGUUCUGCCUGCGUGUGAUGGUGGGGGUCAUCAUCCUGUACGACCACGUUCACCCAGCUGGCGCCUUCGUGAAGACGUCCAACAUCGAUAUGAAAGGCUGCAUCCGGGUCUUGAGGGAGCAGGCCCCCAGCAGCGUGGAGGGUCUGCUGAACGCUCUCAGGUACACGACCAAACACCUGAACGACGAGACUACCUCCAAGCAGAUCCGAAACAUGCUGCAGUAGAACUGAGCGGCCCUGCUGAGGCUGGAAACCUGAAGUACUCUGGUCCAGAUUUCAAAGGAACAAUUGUCCAUCUCUGUGCCAUUAUUGUUUUUGAUUUCUAAAGUAGAAAGUUUUUUGUUGUUGUAGAAAAAAUGGAAACGAUUUGUAACGGGUCGUACUUGCUACAUGUCAGGUCUGGAGUGAAUGGAGAUAGACAGUCCAAAAUGACCCCCCCAGGCCCCAAUAUGUACAAAAAUGCUGUACUUUUGUUUACAGCUACAAAGUAUUUACACAAAACAAACAAAAACCCAGGUGUUAUACCACCUGCUGGUAAGAAUUUCUUAUCACGGCAUCACCUGUUUUUAUCCAUUAGUCUAUUUGAAAUUCGCUGAGGAAGAAGCUCCUAGUAAGAGUUUCUACCGCGUUCAUACCUCAUUGCACCUGCACCAGCUGGCUAGGGGGUGGAUUAUUUUAUUAUAUAUUUUUUAACCUUUUUUCAACCAUAAAAGUUAAGAGUUUCAUUCAGAAAUGCCCAAAAAGUAGGAGUUGUGUAGCUUCACAGCGGACAGAAAUAAACCAGCUGUCAUACCCGUCUAAGAUAAUACACAACCACAGGUGUAACCAUGCGGUGAGGAAGGGGGGCUGGGGGUCAUACUUCAAGCCAACGUACUCUGAGACAGAAAUCAGCUGAGCUGAAUAGAAGAAAUGUAGGUCUGUGCUACAAUGGUAACACCGCACAAAUUUAAAGUCAACUUAAGGUGACCUGGGCUCCCUGGGGACUCCUGGAGAAACGGGUUUUAGACAUCCUGAGUGAGGGGGGCUUCAAUCUGCUUUGUUCAUUCUGUAGAGAAUUAUGUAAUUAAUGGUUAUCAAUGAUGAUUUUUUUUAAUCAAAUAAAGUGGGUUUUUUUUACAUUCUUAAGAAAA